CCUUCAGCAGCUUGACUUCAUUCAAGGUCAUAUCGGUUUGCAACUGAUCGUUGUGUGUACUGCGUAUUAAUCUUGUUUUUUUAAUUAUUUACCUUUAAUUUUAAAGUUUGACAUCGUCGUUCCAAAAUUCUGUAUAAAUGUGCUUGAAGUUUUAGGAUGUGAGACUGGAUUCGACGCAUUUUGUGCCCUGACUCUAGGUACAUAUUAGUGUGAACGUUUUCCUUUCGUUUGUGAUCUCACAGGACGGAAAUAAAAUGAAUCCAAGGCAGGACAGCUCGGAUUCGGAGAGUAACUCCGCUGAAGAGUACAAGUUUUCCGGUCAGAGUGAUUCCAGCGGUUCGGAGAAUAACGCCGGCCCAGAAGAAGACAGGAGGUGCAGAAGUGUCAAAAAAGGCCAGUACAAAUCGAGGGGGAAGUGCUUGAACAAAAACGCAGUUAUGGCGAGGCAGAAUCGUCUGAGGAAAAAGCUAUACUUAGAGAAUCUGGAGGAGGAGGUCGAAUCGCUAAGAGAAGAGAACCGCAGGCUCAAGUCACACUCGAAAAAAGACAAAAAAUCGAUCAAGAAGUUGACUGACGAGGUAAAGUACUUGCGCAGCCUUGUGUCGAACAGGACCGACAUAUGGAAGAUCCUUAAUAGCCUGAAUUCUACGCUGAAAGCGAAAGAACCUUCAGUGACCGUAGAGCGGUUGCCUACGGUUGAAGAUCCCCUCCUUACCCAGGGGCUCCCGAGUGAAAGCGGAGACCCUCUUCUCAACUUCAUGCCCGAUGACUCAGAGCGCCAGAAGAACCCGAGAGAUGAAGUCUACCCAACUUUAGCAGGUGCGCCGUUAAAAUUACGAGAUGCAUCUGGAGGCAUGAUCGUCGCUUACAAACAAAAAAUCGGGCUGCAAAUAUUGAAAGCCCCAAUGUGUGGUUGUUUUUCAGGCGAAGAUGAAUGUGAUAAAAUGCUAACAAAUAAUUUAUUACAGACGCCGAAAUAUCUCUAUAAACUAAUAGUAUGAUUUAAAUAAGUUUUUAUUUAAUUUAUUUUUUAAUUAAUAAAAUAUCAAAAAUAACAAAAGAAAGUGGUCUUGUCUUGACAAGUGAUUGCCCCUGUUUCUGUAUGGAACCUGUCUUUUUAAAUUUUGAUAAAC